AUCUCAAUUUCUUCAAAAACCCUAAACAAUUUGCAUGACCAGUUGUAUUUUUUUUCAUAUAAUAAAACAUUGAUUAUUGCAGCCAAAACUUGGGGCAGAGUUUCUUAUAUAUAUGUAUUCAACGACUUCAUCAAUCAACAACCCUAUUCAUACUUCUUUAUCUCUCUUUCUCCUCUCUUAACUUUCCUCUUUUUUCUUUUCUUUUUUUUUUCUUUUUUUUUUUUGCAAAAUUAACCAUAUUCUUGAACUUUUACAUUCUCAUCAAACAAAACAAGAAAUUCAAUGGACGGAAGUUGUUGCAUAGAACAAGAGAGCACAACUAGUGACUCUCUAUCAUUUGCUCAAGCACUAAUAUCAACUAGAUUAUCCCGAAUGGGAAGUGGAACUAGCUGCGUGAUAAUAGACGCAGAAUUAAAUUGCAGCAUAGAAGCAGAAUCUAAUAAAAAGUUGGCUUCUUCAAGAUUUAAAGGAGUUGUCCCUCAACCAAAUGGCCGAUGGGGCGCACAAAUCUACGAAAAACAUCAAAGGAUUUGGUUAGGUACUUUCAACGAUGAAGAUGAAGCAGCCAAAGCUUAUGAUAUCGCCGCGCAACGCUUCCGUGGCAAAGACGCCGUCACAAAUUUCAAGCCAUUGUGUGAUAGUGAUAAAGUGGAGAUUGAAAUUUCCUUCUUGAAUGCACGUUCUAAGGCUGAAAUUGUUGACAUGCUUCGUAAACAUACGUAUAAUGACGAACUUGAACAUAGCAAGAAAGUCUAUAGUUUUGACAAGAAUGAUAAAAGGGGAUGUGAAAAUGCCCUAGUGAAUUCAUUUGAUGUGGAAAAUAUGAGUAAAGCUCGUGAACUAAUGUUCGAAAAGGCGGUAACGCCAAGUGAUGUGGGAAAGCUUAAUAGGCUAGUAAUUCCAAAGCAACAUGCGGAGAGAUACUUCCCUUUGGAAAAUAAUUCCAAAGGAAUGUUAUUAAAUUUGGAAGAUAUGAAUGGGAAAGUGUGGAGAUUUCGAUAUUCAUAUUGGAAUAGUAGCCAAAGUUAUGUGUUGACUAAAGGGUGGAGUCGUUUUGUUAAGGAGAAGAACUUGAAGGCUGGAGAUAUUGUAUGUUUUGGAAGAUCUAAUGGAGUUGAUAAGAAGCUUUAUAUUGAUUUGAAGGCUAGAAUAUCCAGUACUAUUACUCCUAUUUUGGAUAAAAUACAAGUUCAAGUUCAAGUUCAACCUGUAAAAAUGGUGAGAUUAUUUGGAGUGAAUAUAUGCAAAGUACAAGAUGUUAAUAAUAUUGUUGUUGAAAAUAAUAUGAGUAGUUGUAGUGGUGGCAAAAGAACGAGGGAGAUGGAGUUGUUGGCAUUUGAGUGUAGAAAGAAACAAAGGGUUAUUGAUGUCUUGUGAACACUUAGUAUUUUCUUUUGUUUGUCAGUUUUUUCCUUUAAUUUCCUUUCUUUUUUGUACUUUAAGCUGGCUUUUAGAUGUUCCAAUAUCUAACUUUCAAUUGUACAUUAGUAUUAGAGAAAUAAAAGAAUGGCUCAAAAGGAGAGCUCAACUAUGGUGAAAACAGAGAUGCAUGAAAAAUGGAAAUGGAAAUUUAGAGAGAGAAAUUUAAUUACUUCA